CGGAAUCAAUAAGAAAGAAUUAAGAAAAGUAUCUCUUCCUAAACCCUAUUCUUCUCCCAAUCCCGUCUUCUCCUCUUCCUAGGCCGCCGGCCAUUCUUUCUGUACUUCCCCAAAUUCUCAAUCUCAAUCCCCAAUUCUAUUUCUAAAUCCCUAAAUCUCUAUCAAUUCCCAAUUUCCCAUCCUAACAGAUAGAACCCUAGAAAUAGGUUUCUAUCAUCUGGUAUCAGAGCCUGGUUCCGAGAUUGAGUUCGUCACAACUCUGAACUAGGGACGAUUGCACCAUAACGAGCUUGUUGCAGUUCUUCGAUGCCGAGUGGUACCGGCUACAAGCGUUGCUGGAGCAGACCGUGGAACGCCGUAAUCAAGAGGCAUGGAUGAGGGCGGCGAAGCGGGAGGAGGCGGCUAGGAAGUUGCUGCCGCAAGGCCUAGCUAUCGGUGCCGCUUCCACAUCAGCAACCACUAUCAUUGGGGCGCCAUCAUCCUCACCAUCAUCACGAGCCAUUGCUCGUCCCGUCAAAGCCGCUGUCGAGAUCCUCGAACAACAGCAGCCUGUGGUGAUCACCGCCGAGCUGUCGAGGAAGGAAGCGCCACCAGAGGAGAACGAGCGGGCGCGUGCCCUACUGAACAAGGCUGUUGAAUCGGGUCUGAAAUUGGAGGAGACUUUAAGAGAACCUGAGUCUCUAACCAGUGAUUCAAUAGAGAAGAAUGGCAAGGUUAACUGGAAAUUCCGAGAGAAAAAGCAAGGGCCCAUAGCUGACCUUGACUUCGAGAAGCAUGACGAUUGUAAGAAUUCGCCAGUUACAAAGAGCUCAUUGGAGUCGAUGCAGAUCCCAGUCACGGUGGGGAAAUCAUCAUCAUCGACGGCUGCUCCAGUCACCGUCAUUGUGGCCGAGGAGCUCCCUUCAACCGCAACCACUGCCAGCAGUCUGGGAAAGCAGGCUGAUCGGUCAUUGAUCCUCGCGGUGGAGUCGUCGAGUUUAGCACAAAAGAAAGAGACGUCCCUGCCAAGUGAUGGGUGGAAAUUCAAAAGGAAGAAGGAAAGACCUAGAGAUGGUUUUGAGUGUUUGCCUGGCCGUCAGAGGGAUCACACGCCGCCAGGGAACGAGUUCCAGAGGAAGGAGAAGAGUGGCGGCGGCGGCGGGAUCCUCUGCUCGCCGCCGAAGAAGACAAAGAAGAUGAUGGCGUCAACCGGGGCAACGUCGACCGUCGAGCGGGAGCCGGGAAGAGGGCCGGCAGUGAGCGGGUCUCUGCGUCGUCGGCUUGGCGGUUCGCCGCCGUCGGAGGAGGCAGGUGGGGAUCGCGCACCGUCGGGGGAAGAAGCCGAGUCGCCGGCGAUGGGGUCGGAAGGGUCGCCGUGCCGUCGGCGGAAUGACGCGCCGCCGGGGAAGGAAGUGAUAGAAAGGAGGCAACCGGAAGUUGAGCCGUCGCCGAAGAACGAGAAGAAGAAGUCGACGGCGGCUUCGGGCUGGCCACCGUUCAUCCGGUCGGAUUGCUUGCCGCCGGGAAAAGGAGUUGCGAGGAAGAUGGAAGGCGGCGGCGGUUUUGCUCCUCCAUCAACCCUAGGUCGACCGCCAAAGGAAGGCCCAGUCCGUUGGGGUCGUUCUGCUUAGCAGGAAGAAAAUAAGAAGAAAGAAAGUAGUGGGCUGCUUGAGUUAGGAGUUGGGCUUUCAAGGAAGCUUGAUCCAAACUCACUUGGAGGAGGAUGGAGCCCAAAAGAGUUGGUUUUCACCACCAAGUCCAUGGACGAGUGCAUUGAAGAUUUCAACGAGGUUCAUGACGAGAAAGUGCACAAGGAAGAACAGUUCUCCGAUUCUUAUUUCGUUGAUUUCGAAAAGGAAGAUGGCGGAUUGUUUGGCUGUGAAGAACGUGACAUAUGUCACAUGGGUGGAGGAGAGUCGAGGAAAGUGGAAAUGGUCCGAGAAGAGUUCAUUCAAGGGAUUGAGCGCAAUUGGAAACGCAGAAAACGAAGGAUAGAAAAGGCGAAAGUCAACUGCAACCUUGAGGACAAGGUUGGUUUGAAGGGGGAGGAGAUGAUAGAAACCAACUUCGUUAGGGUUUCUAUAUUUAUGAUUAUAAUUACUAAUAGGGUAAUUCUUAUUAUGGUUAGUAGUAUUCUAGUCGAAUUAGGUUUAUUAGUAGAGUUUUCCUAUAUUCGCUAUAAAUAUGUACUAGGCCUAUUCAUUCGGAAUCAAUAAGAAAGAAUUAAGAAAAGU